CUCAGAGCAGAGGCCGACCACCCGCCCAAGGUCGUGGCGGCGCAGGCUCAGCUUCAGUCGUCAAAGUGCACAUCCUGGGAGCAGCUGCCGCGAGGUGGUUGAAGCAACAGGGCAGAGAAGCGUCUCAGCCUUUUCCUCCCACCAGAGCAGGACCCCAGCUGACAGCGGGUGAGCUGGGCAGAAACCCAUGCCGGGAAGAGGCGGACCCAGUGGACCACGGCGCCCGCAGUCGCCGGACCAGGCGCAGAGGCGAACGGGAGGCGGCGCUGCGCCCUGCCCGCCCCUCCCCGGCCCGGCCCCGGCCUCAGCCCCAGCCCCGGCUCGCGGGUGCUGAGUCUCCGCGUACCGGAGGCGGCGGAGGCUCCCAGGCACCGGCCCCCGCCUGCCAGCGCAAGAUGCACUGCCUGGGCGCCGAGUACCUGGUUUCUGCAGAAAGAGCCCCUAGGCAAAGGGAGUGGCGACCCCAGAUUUAUAGGAAAUGCACAGAUACGGCAUGGUUAUUCCUGUUCUUUCUCUUUUGGACUGGUUUGGUGUUUAUUAUGGGCUACUCAGUGGUGGCUGGAGCUGCAGGGAGACUCCUCUUCGGCUAUGACAGCUUUGGCAACGUGUGUGGCAAGAAGAACUCCCCCGUGGAAGGGGCCCCUCUUUCAGGGCAGGACAUGACCCUAAAAAAACACGUGUUCUUUAUGAAUUCCUGCAACCAAGUCAAAGGUAUGCGGCUCGACCGCACGGCCCUCUGUGUAUCCAGCUGCCCUGAAGAGCAGCUUGACUCCCUGGAAGAGGUCCAGCUGUUUGCAAACACCAGUGGGUCUUUCCUGUGUGUUUAUAGUUUGAAUUCCUCCAACUAUACCCACAGUCCAAAAGCAGACUCACUGUGCCCCAGGCUACCAGUUCCUCCAAGCAAGUCAUUUCCCUUAUUUAACCGAUGCAUCCCUCAAACACCUGAGUGCUACUCCCUGUUUGCAUCUGUUUGGAUAAAUGAUGGUGACACCCUCCACCGAAUUCUAAGUGGAAUCAUGUCGGGAAGAGAUACAAUCCUUGGCCUGUGUAUCCUCACAUUAGCCUUGUCUUUGGCCAUGAUGUUUACCUUCAGAUUCAUCACCACCCUUCUGGUUAACAUUUUCAUUUCAUUGGUUAUUUUGGGAUUGUUGUUUGUCUGCGGUGUCUUAUGGUGGCUGUAUUAUGACUAUACCAAUGACCUCAGCAUAGAAUUGGACACAGAAAGGGAAAAUAUGAAGUGUGUGCUGGGGUUUGCUAUCGUAUCUACAGGCAUCACGGCAGUCCUGCUCGUCUUGAUUUUUGUUCUCAGAAAGAGAAUAAAAUUGACAGUUGAGCUUUUCCAAAUCACAAAUAAAGCCAUCAGCAGUGCUCCCUUCCUGCUGUUCCAGCCACUGUGGACAUUUGCCAUCCUCAUUUUCUUCUGGGUCCUCUGGGUGGCUGUGCUGCUGAGCCUGGGAACUGCAGGAGCUGCCCAGGUUAUGGAAGGCGGCCAAGUGGAAUAUAAGCCCCUUUCGGGCAUUCGGUAUAUGUGGUCCUACCAUUUAAUUGGCCUCAUCUGGACUAGUGAAUUCAUCCUUGCGUGCCAGCAAAUGACUAUAGCAGGGGCAGUGGUUACUUGCUAUUUCAACAGAAGUAAAAAUGACCCUCCUGAUCGUCCCAUCCUUUCGUCUCUCUCCAUUCUCUUCUUCUACCAUCAAGGAACCGUUGUGAAAGGGUCAUUUUUAAUCCCUGUGGUGAGGCUUCCAAGAAUCAUUGUCAUGUACAUGCAAAACGCGCUGAAAGAACAGCAGCAUGGUGCAUUGUCGAGGUACCUGUUCCGAUGCUGCUACAGCUGUUUCUGGUGUCUUGACAAAUACCUGCUCCAUCUCAACCAGAAUGCAUAUACUACAACUGCUAUUAAUGGGACAGAUUUCUGUACGUCAGCAAAAGAUGCAUUCAAAAUCUUGUCCAAGAAUUCAAGUCAUUUUACAUCUAUUAACUGCUUUGGAGACUUCAUAAUUUUUCUAGGAAAGGUGUUAGUGGUGUGUUUCACUGUUUUUGGAGGACUCAUGGCUUUUAACUACAAUCGGGCAUUCCAGGUGUGGGCAGUCCCUCUGUUAUUGGUAGCUUUUUUUGCCUACUUAGUAGCCCAUAGUUUUUUAUCUGUGUUUGAAACUGUGCUGGAUGCACUUUUCCUGUGUUUUGCUGUUGAUCUGGAAACAAAUGAUGGAUCGUCAGAAAAGCCCUACUUUAUGGACCAAGAAUUUCUGAGUUUUGUAAAAAGGAGCAACAAAUUAAACAAUGCAAGGGCACGGCAGGACGAGCACUCAUUAAGGAAUGACGAGGGAACAGAACUCCAGGCCAUUGCGAGAUAGAUACCCAUUUAGGGACUUGUACCUGGAAAACGUUUCUUUCUAAAGAACCAUUUACAGAAUAGAAGACAAGACCACUCGAGAAAAGUUAGUGGAAUUUUUUCUUUUUUAAAGAAGUCCUAAUAAACUAUUCUUUCUCAUU